UGCCCAUAAUCCACUCCUUCACUCACCAAUCACUUAUCUCUUCCCUAACCCUCCCCUCCCCUCCCCUCAUGCUUCUUUUAUCUAUAUAAACUCACCCCUGCAUUUCAUUGCUCUUGCACCAGCAAUCACCAUUGUCACUACAAAAUCACUAACUAACAAAGAAAACCCAUCCUUUUUUCUCCCCCAGAAACACAAAAUGCUUACCUUUGUUGCUUCUUUUAUCCACUGGGUUUUUUCUGAUGAAAUCGCUUUAGGAUCCAAAACUACUGCAUCCAAGUUCAUAAACAUGAAUGGGUUGAAUAAGAAUCGAUAUUCGCCCAUCAAGAAACACUUCGAUGAUUCCUUUCCAAGUACAAAGCCAUUGCUAGAAGUUAAAGAUCACAAGGAUAUCAAGAGAAGUAGCCCCGGUUUUGAUUCAAAAGCAAGGAAUAUAAGAGUAAAGGUGAAGAUGACAAGGGAAGAAGCUGUUCGAUUGCUUUCGAAAUGCAAAGAUGGAGGGGUUCUGGAAUUCAAAGAUGUAGCUCGUGAACUUGUGGACCUCCCAGGGAACCGAGUUAAUAUCGUGUCUCCUUGCCCUGAUCGUAAUAUUCCAGUGCUUUAUCGUAUUCCUGAAGAGUUUUAGAUAGCAUGGCAAUCUUUAAAGAAAAUGUUCCAAUUUUCUGGGUUUUUUUCUUCGGGGGGGGGGGGGGUUCAAAAUUUUCACAAAGAGAAAUUGGUUGCAUAUGUAAUUUUAGGUUGAAGAAGAGAUACCAUUUUCAUGUACAAAUUACUAGUAACAAUUUAUUCAAUGAAAAGUUUGGGUCUCAGAUUCUUUUAUAA